AAAUGCUAUUUUAAAUAAAGCACACGCGCCGUUAAAUUGUUCCAGAAUGUUUUAAUAGUAUACAAUAAUAAUGUAUUUGAUUUGUAAAAACCAGGUGGCAGUGUAGUUGUAUCAUCCGGUGGUACAGUACAGAUAAAGUUGGAUUUGAAAAGCAUUUUAAAAAUGGCGGCCUCCAUGGUGAAGGUUGCAGUUGCAGGUAUUGUAGGACAUUUUCGCCAUGCAGUACCCACAGUCAGGAGGUUAUCCCUGUCAAAGCCUCUUGCCCAAGUGGUACCAGUUCCCAUAUGGAAGCUAGGUCGGCUGAAUCACAUUGCCAUUGCGGUACCAGACCUGGAGAAAGCGAUCUCUUUGUACCGCGAUGUACUGGGAGCCCGGGUAAGCGACACAGUGCCUCUGCCCGAGCACGGUGUCUACACCGUCUUUGUGGAGCUGGGCAACACCAAACUGGAGCUGCUUUACCCCCUGGGAGAAAAGAGCCCCAUUUCAGGUUUCCUGCAGAAGAACAAAGCUGGCGGGAUGCAUCACAUCUGCAUUGAGGUGGAUGAUAUAAAGGCAGCUAUAACAGACUUAAAGGCCAAGAAGAUUCGAACCCUUUCAGAGGAACCUCGUAUUGGAGCACAUGGCAAACCAGUGAUGUUCCUUCACCCUAAAGACUGUGAUGGUGUUCUUGUGGAGCUUGAAGAAGCAUGAAACAGCAGAGUCAAUGAGACAAAGCACCAUUCUGCUACAGCCACACGGCACCCAUUCCUACAGAAAACUAACAAAGAAAUACUAUGUAGAAUGGUUUUAUACAGGAUUUUUUUUUUAUUUUAUUUUUUUUUAAACAAUGUUCUACAGUACCAUGCAAUAAUGCAAAAUUAAUAAAUAUUUAAGGGGUCAAUUAAUUUUUUAGACUUAUUAAUUUUGCAAGUUCAUAUUUAAUCAUUAAAUAUUUUUUGUGUUCAUACAGUUAAUUUAUAUGAAUGAGUAGCACUAACAAGAAAAGAAUGGAAGAAUACUGGAUUACGUCUCAGUUUUUUUUGUAUUUGAAGUUUUUCAUCUCUACAAGGUGUAACAGUCCUUGAUCAAUAAUUUCACUUGCACUUCUUUUAUUUGGUUUUGAUGGCCAUUUUAUUCUGUUUCAAUUUAUGCUACAGACUUUAUGUAGCUUUUUCUUUGUCAUGGUGGAUAAAGUUUUGAGAUAUCUGUAGAGAGUGCCAGAGAGCUGCAGUGCCUUGUAUUGAUGUCUUGUUGCAGGUCCCCUAUCUUACUGUUUGAUGUUUUUUUAACCUAAUUGCAUACAGCUUUUCUGAUUGUCAGCUUUAAGCUUCUCACAAGGCCUAUAUUGGUUAUUCCAUGAAAAUGGUCCUGUAACUGUCUGCACCAACAUAUUAUUCACAAGUUGCUAAGUCCCUUAUUUUCCCUUGCCCAGAAAACUGAUAAUUUAUUUGAGACUGUAUUAAGAUUGCCUGCUGCUUGUGUGUGUUACAGGCUUUUCAACAUAACUGGAACCAGAUAUAAAGAUGUGCAGUACGCCAGUCAGUGGAAGGCUAGAGUGUCAUUUAAUCUAUUUUUAAAGAAUAGAUGCAAAUCACAUUAAAUCCAUCAGAGUGCCCCCAUUUUAAUGACCACCAACAAACUGGACUUGCAGAUUUGCCUGCAUGUGUAAAUGAUGUUGUUCAACCUCACUUGUCAAAAGCCCAAAGGGCCUGAGAAUUGCUUAUUUAACACAUAACCUUGGUAGGAUCUACACACCAAUUUAUUUGAAAAAAAAAAAACUUCUAUUUAACCCAAAUUAUUUAGAGGUUGUGAUUUUUUUAGUAAGGUUAAUGGUCUGAAUAAUGCAUAAGGAAUAACGGCUUUCUGUCCUAAUUUUCUUGUAGCUGUUUGUUCACUGUUCAGGUUGUUUUUUGUAUACAGUAUCUGUAAUAGAGUCUUGGUUUGGAUACACA